GGUCGGGGAUCCCACGUCCUGGCGCCCCCAGCCCAAGAGGCGCCCGAAGUGCGGCCCGGGGACUGGAGGCUGCGGGAUGUCGCGACCUAAAAUGGUGUCCGUGUCCGGGGGUGGGGGCGGGGGAACUGGGCCUGGCCGGAGCGGAGCCUGCACCCCGACUGAGCGCGGGUCUGCGUCCGGGCUCGAGCAGUACUCGGGUUUGCGCCCCGGGCCCGCCGCGCGCUUCCGAUCACUCCUCUGUCUCGAGAGACUCUGGGAGUCCGCGCCGGGAGGAGGCUGCACUGCGCACAGAGGGGAGGGGACGAGGUCCAAGUUGGGACGGACCCAGGCUGGAGAGCAGAGAGUCGUGCUGAGACCGCCUUCUUCCCACUCCCCCUCUUUCCGUGCGUUCCCCCUUCCUUUGCAGUCCUGGGCCCCAGGGUGCUGCGCAGCAACUCCCAAAGGGCCUGGUCUGGCUGAGGCUCGGUCUUCACUUCGCACGCCGGUGGGAGCAAGAGAAGCUCCUUCCGCCUCAGUUUCCCCUCUAGCUUCUCAUAAGUACACCCCGCCCCCUCCUCGCAACCCCAGACCUGCUCCCUGCGCCGGCCCACGGCAGAUGGCAGGGAGUUAAUUCCACCCGCUGCCCAGCUUGGCUGCAACCUAAUCGCCGGUCCUUCGCCUUUUCUGCGCAGCAGGCCUUGGGCCUGGGCAGAGAGCAGUGGAGCCUCCACCCUACCUGAUCCUGUUCACCCUUGUCUUGUACAGCCCCUUCCUUUGGCUUUUGGGGAAGAACAGAGGGAAAGGAGAGCGGGGGAGAUGGGAGCCCUAGGGACAGGGUGCAGCAGUUGCAGAAAGGCCUAGGUGUGCGGUGGGGGAGUCUCCUUGGCCUUGAGGUCCCUGCUUAGUCAACUGUCUGCUUUGGGUGGGUGGUGAUUGGAUGACCUCUAAGUCACUUGGAUGCCAAAGGGGGACGUGGUUGGGGGAGGGGAGUUCACAGGUGUUUUCUCAUAGUCCCCCCUGGCCUGAGCUUUACCAGCCCACUCUCCUGAGGCCUGAGAAGAAGGUUGCUCAGCCUCUCUGGUUGGGGAGGGCGCCAGGCUGAGGACGGCCCUGUGGAUUCAUCAGGGCAGAGACAAGGCAUGAAGAGCUUUGUUUAAGCACAGAGUUUGCAGAAUUAAGUGAGGGGGUGAUGUGAGGGGAGGACUCCUACUUUCUUCUUCUAGUUGGCACCCUUUCCCCCCACCCCCACUUUGGUCCCCAGCUAUGCCAGCUGCCACCUGCUGGGACUGUCUCCAGUUACAGUUUGAAGGCUGGAAAGAGGUCUGGGACCUGCCGCUAUGGGGGACAUGAAGACCCCUGAUUUUGAUGACCUCCUUGCUGCCUUUGACAUCCCUGACAUUGAUACGAAUGAAGCCAUCCACUCUGGGCCAGAAGAAAGUGAGGGGCCAGGAGGCCCAGGGAAGCCAGAACCCAGCGUGGGAGGCGAAUCUGGAGACACAGAAGCAGCUUCUGCUAGGGAUGAGCCUGGGGUUCCAGCCCAGGGUUCUGACCAUGGCCUGCCACAGCCAGACAUUUCCACAGUCAGCGUCAUUGUCAAGAACACUGUGUGUCCUGAGCAGUCUGAGGCCCUGGCUGAGAGUUUAGAAGGGGAUGGGGCCCAGGCUGUGGGGUUGACUAAAGAAGGGUCUGUGGAGCCUCAUCUGAUGCAAAAUGGUUUUGGGGGCCCUGAGCCAUCCCUCCCAGGAACCCCUCACUCCCCAGCUCCUCCCACUGAGAGUUCCUGGAAAGAAAAAGCCAUGGAAGGCAAAACUCCCUUGGACCUCUUUGCACAUUUUGGGACCGAGCCGGGGGAGCAUCCAGAUCCCCUGCCUUCCUCUGCACCCUCCCCUCCUGAGGAAGGGGUCAUGACCCCCCCUCCUUUCCCCUCUCCCUUUGAGCUGGCCCCGCAGAAUGGCCCAGGCCUGCUGUCAUCUGGUUCUUCCCCACCACUGGGGGCCUUGAAGCAGGGCAGCUGCAGUCCCCCUCAGCCUCAAGGUCCAGCCCAGGGAGCUUUAGGCUCUAGCCUUGAAGCCACGAACAUCCCUGUCAGCGCUUCGCCUCCUCGGGUUGCUGGACUUCCCUUCUUCAAGCAGUCUCCAGGGCAUGAGAGCCCUCCUGCCUCCCCCAAAGUACCUAGCUGUCAACCCCUGAAGGAAGAAGAUGAUGAGGGGCCGGUGGACAAGUCUCCCCAGGGAAGUCCCCAUAGUCCUUCUAGUGGAGCUGAGGCUGCAGAUGAGGACAGCAAUGACUCCCCUGCCUCCUCCAGCUCCUCUAGGCCUCUUAAAGUGCGGAUCAAGACCAUUAAGACAUCCUGCGGGAGUAUCACAAGGACUGUAACCCGGGUCCCCUCAGACCCUGAUCCCCCUGUCCCUUUGGCUGAGGGGGCCUUCCUGGCUGAGGCUAGCCUCCUGAAGCUGUCCCCUGCAACACCAACCCCUGAAGGUCCAAAGGUGGUGAGCGUACAGUUGGGUGAUGGUACGAGGCUGAAGGGCACUGUGCUCCCUGUGGCCACCAUCCAGAAUGCCAGUACUGCCAUGCUGAUGGCAGCCAGUGUGGCCCGCAAAGCUGUGGUUCUGCCUGGGGGGACCGCCACCAGUCCUAAGACGAUUGCUAAGAAUGUGCUGAGCCUAGUGCCCCAAGCCCUGUCCAAGGUUGAGGGGCGGGUAGGGCUGGGGACAGGGGGACAGAAGGUGAAUGGUGCCUCCGUAGUGAUGGUGCAGCCUUCAAAGACGGCCAGUGGGCCAGGUUCAGGGGCUGGCACAGUGAUCUCACGGACCCAGUCCAGCCUGGUGGAGGCCUUCAACAAGGUCCUCAACAGCAAGAGCCUGCUGCCUGCCUACAGGCCAAACCUGAGCCCACCGGCUGAGGCUGGGUUAGCCCUGCCUCCAACGGGCUACCGCUGCCUCGAGUGUGGAGACGCCUUCUCACUGGAGAAGAGUCUGGCACGGCACUAUGACCGCCGGAGCAUGCGCAUCGAGGUCACCUGCAACCACUGUGCCCGCCGCCUGGUCUUCUUCAACAAGUGCAGUCUGCUCCUGCACGCCCGCGAGCACAAGGACAAGGGUCUCAUCAUGCAGUGCUCGCAUUUGGUCAUGAGGCCUGUGGCCCUUGACCAGAUGGUGGGGCAGCCGGACAUCACGCCCCUGCUACCUGUGGCUGUCCCACCUGUCGCUGGACCUCUGGUCUUGCCUGCCUUAGGCAAGGGUGAAGGGGCCAUCACCUCUACCAUUAUAACAAUUGCUGCUGAGGCCCCUAUUCUGCCGCUCUCAGCAGAGCCUCCUGCUGCCCCUACCACCUCUGCUUACACGUGCUUUCGCUGCCUGGAGUGCAAGGAGCAGUGCCGGGACAAGGCUGGCAUGGCAGCCCACUUCCAGCAGCUUGGUCCCCCUGCCCCUGGGACCAGUAGCACUGUGUGCCCAACCUGCCCCAUGAUGCUCCCCAAUGGUUGCAGCUUCAGCGCCCACCAGCGCAUGCAUAAGAGUCGACCCCCGCACGUCUGUCCCGAGUGUGGGGGCAACUUCCUACAAGCCAAUUUUCAGACCCAUCUCCGGGAGGCCUGUCUGCAUUUCUCUCGCCGUGUAGGAUACAGGUGCCCCAGCUGUGCAGUGGUGUUUGGGGGUAUGAACUCUGUCAAGUCCCACAUCCAGGCGUCGCACUGCGAGGUUUUCCACAAGUGCCCCAUCUGCCCCAUGGCCUUCAAGUCUGCACCCAGCGCCCAUGCCCACCUCUACAGCCAGCAUCCUAGCUUCCUCACGCAGCAGGCCAAGAUGAUCUACAAGUGCGGUAUGUGUGAUACAGUCUACACUCACAAACCCCUCCUCACCUCACACUUCGACCAGCACUUGCUGUCCCAGCGUGUCAGUGUCUUUAAGUGCCCAUCUUGUCCUCUGCUCUUUGCCCAAAAAAGGACCAUGCUGGAACAUCUCAAGAACACCCAUCAGUCUGGGCGUGUGGGGGAGGAGCCUGCUGGGAAAGGAGCCGGGGGUGCCCUUCUGACCCCCAAGACUGAGCCUGAGGAGCUGGCUGUGUCUCAGGGAGGGGCAGCCCCAGCUACUGAGGAAUCAUCUUCAUCUUCAGAAGAGGAGGAACUACCCAGCUCCCCUGAGCGUCCCCGCCCAACCAAACGGCCCCGGCGGGAAGUAGGAAGCAAAGGCAUCAAGGGUGGGGGUGGUGGCAGCAGCAGCGGAGUUGGUGGUGGCGGUGGUGGUGGCAGUGGCGGCGGCGGCGGCGGCUGCAGUGGUGGUGGUGGCAGCAAUGGCAGUGGCGGCGGCUGGACCUGUGGCCUUUGUCACUCCUGGUUCCCCGAGCGUGAUGAAUAUGUGGCUCACAUGAAGAAGGAGCAUGGCAAGUCAGUGAAGAAGUUUCCCUGUCGCCUGUGUGAGCGCUCCUUCUGCUCUGCCCCCAGCCUGAGGCGCCACGUCAGAGUCAAUCACGAGGGAAUCAAGCGAGUUUACCCAUGCAGGUAUUGCACAGAGGGAAAACGCACCUUCAGCAGCCGCCUGAUUCUGGAGAAACAUGUCCAGGUCCGGCAUGGCUUGCAGCUUGGGCCCCAGUCCCCUGGCCGGGGGAAUGCCCUGGCUCGUGGUCCCGGUGCCAGAGCCCAGGGGCCAGGUCGGAAACGCCGCCAGUCUUCUGACUCUUGUAGUGAGGAGCCUGACAGCACAACACCGCCAGCCAAGUCCCCCAGAGGAGGACCCGGGUCGGGAGGCCAUGGCCCCCUGCGCUUCCGAAGCAGUGGACCGGUGGAACAGAGCCUUGCCGUGGGGUUGCGGAUGGGUGGUGGUGCCCAGCAGUGCCUCGACUGUGGCUUGUGCUUUGCCUCCCCUGGCUCCCUGAGCCGGCACCGUUUCAUCAGCCACAAGAAGAGACGGGGUGUGGGGAGAGCCGGUGCCCUGGGGCUGGGCGAUGGGGAGGAGGAGGCCCCUCCUCUGUCAAGGUCUGACCCAGAUGGUGGAGAUUCACCUCUGCCUGCUUCUGCAGGCCCACUGACCUGUAAGGUCUGUGGCAAGAGCUGCGAUAGCCCUCUCAACCUCAAGACCCAUUUCCGCACGCAUGGCAUGGCGUUCAUCAGGGCUCGGCAAGGGGGCAGUGGGGACAACUAGGCCUCAAGCCUGGAACUGACCAGUACCCCCUUCCCUGGAAGCCCAGUUUUCCCUGCUGCUGCCUGGUCCCUGGGCUGGGAAGUUUCAUUAGCAUUCAUAUUUUGUUCAAAUGCUCUCUCCCCAACCCCAAAGAAAAAGCUUUUGAGGAUUAUAUUAAUAGUUAUUUGCAGCCUCCCUUUGGGUUUGGCCCUUGGGCCCUAGUAGAGUGGGCCUCCAUUUCUCCUUUCUGAGCCCAACACUAAUUAUGCUCCUGCUGCAGAACCCCCAGUAUGGGACUGGGGGUGGGAGGAUGGGACUUUCAUAUGCCUGCCAGACAGGCACAGGGAAGGACUGAUGGGAGGCUCAUGGACACCACUCUAUAAUUCCUUUAGGCACAGACUGGAAUUUUCCUCCUCUGGGCCAGGCCCUGCCAUAACACCCCCCACCCCCAACUCCCUGGCACUCAAGCCCCCCACCCCUGCAGUGCCUUUCACUUUUUUUCCCCCCCAGAAAUUCAGGGGCGGAGUUAAUGGGGGUGAGUCCUGUCAAGGGGGGCCCAGGGAGAGGAGGGGACAGGCUCUCAGGAAUCCUUUAUUCUUGUAGUAAUACUAACAGUGGGGGAAAUAGGAGGGAGAAAACCAGACCAUUAAAACUGCUCGUGGUUUAACCCCUAUUCAGGCCUCUCUUUGUAUGUUACUUGGAUGAUGUGGACUUGGGAGGGAGCAAGAGUCAAAACUUCUCAGGGAAGAAGUGAUGUUGAGCAACAGGCAGGGAAAAGGCAGUCUUCCUCCCCUUUCCGUGUGGUGCCUUCUGUAUCUUGGACACUGAGGUGUCUGUUUACUCCUCAUCACCCAUCCCCCUCCCUUACUGCCAAAAAACCAAUUUGGAAAUGACACAGAUG